AUGGGUAGGAUUUUACUUGAGACGCAAGCAGCCCCAACGCUUUCAGCUACUGAUGCAAACCCUAGAACCUUAGGAGUCUCUAGCAACAACAACAAUAAUGUAGCCAGCAUGGAUACAAACAUGGUGAUCAUACUAGCCGCUCUUCUAUGCGCCUUGAUCUGUGCCCUUAGCCUCCAUUCGAUCUUGCGUUGUGUCAUACGCUGCACAAGGAGGUUCACACCAAACCAAGAUCCAACUGACACGAACGCAAACGUGUCGAACGGGAUCAAGAAUCAAGCGUUGAAGCGCAUUCCCGUGGAUUCUUACAGCUCGGAGCUUAAGAUGAAAGCCACAGAGUGUUUGAUCUGUUUAGGAGAGUUUGUUGAAGGAGAGAAAGUUAGGGUUUUGCCUAAAUGUAACCAUGGCUUCCACGUGAAGUGUAUAGAUACUUGGUUGCUCUCACAUUCCUCUUGUCCGACUUGCAGACAAUCACUCGUUGAACAUCAGACUCCGGCGGAUGGUUCGUGGCGGGAUGAUGACGUGUCGGUUGCAACCUAA